AUUCUGGAAGUCAAGAGAGUUCCUAGGUUUCCUCACUCUAUGAUUCUUGAAGGUGGAGCCAUUCAUGUAGAUGGAGAAGGGACUUGUCUUGCCACUGAGGAGUGCCUCUUGAAUAAAAACAAGAACCCUCAUUUCACUAAAGAGCAAGUUGAGGAUGAACUUAAAGCAUAUCUUGGAGUCAAGAAGAUUAUUUGGUUGCCUCAUGGAUUAUUUGGUGUUGUGAUGCUCAGUAACUUGAAUUGCAACCUAGUCCUUUCGAGCAAUGGGCUCAUGCCAAGUGAUGCUGAUAGUAAUGGUCAUAUUGACAACUUGUGCUGUUUUGUGAAGCCUGGUGUGGUUUUGUUGUCCUGGACUAGUGAUGAAUCAGAUCCUCAGUAUGAGCGAUCUGUGGAAUCCUUUUCUGUUCUCUGUCAUGUUACCGACGCUAAAGGUAGAAAACUAGAAAUUAUUAAACUCCAUGUACCUGGGCCACUUUACAUGACAAAUGAAGAGGCAGCAGGACUAGGUAAACAUGAUUCUUAG